AUGAACGCCGAGAUCUGCAGUCCAUACGGCGACAUGACCUCCAUGGAUUCAUUUCAUAGUUCUUCUGCAGCACAAAGUCAACACGAGCAGACGGACCCGUUCAGAAACUUCCCAUCCGCUAACACCAAAUACGGCCCGGUUGCGUUCGUGCAGGCCCCCAAAGGUCACGCGUACGGAGACAAGCCGGGGAGCCCGUUCCGGCAAGAGUGCCACUCGUCGGACGCUGCUUUCAGCAAAUUCCACCUCUUCGCGCACAGGUCCUCCUGCAAAACUCCCCCGGAGGGAAGCGAGGGGCACAGCGCAGAGAUCAUUCCGUGCUAUGGUGAUGUGAGUAACCGGCGUGCCAAAUGGAGGAAGAGGGAGCGUUUCGGUCAGAUGCAGCAGGUUCGAACACACUUCUCCACAGCUUAUGAACUGCCACUGCUGACACGGCCCGAGAGUUACGCGCAGAUACAGAACCCAUCCUGGAUUAGUGGCAGCAGUGCGGCGUCACCAGUUCCAGGCUGUGUGGUUCCCUGUGACACGGUGACAUCCUGCAUGACCCCUCACCCCCACUCGGCCAGCGGGGUGUCCGAGUUCCUGGGUGUCCAGAGCCCCGGAGGUCACCUGGGCCAGGCUCACAUGGGCGGCCUUUUUGGAGGAUCCCCCGGCAUGGCGACGGGGCUCAACGCCUACGACCUCAACAUGGACCCUGACCGCAAGUCCUCCAGCAUCGCUUCUCUGCGCAUGAAGGCCAAAGAGCACAGUGCGGCCAUAUCUUGGGCCUCGUGA